AUGACAGAUAAUCCUCAGUCUCCAUUUAUCAAUUUCUAUCAGACUCCAACAAAAGAUGAGUACGAUGAAGAUGUUGCAGAGACGUCGAGAUUGCAGAGAAAGAAAUUUCAUGAUGAGUAUCUACAGAAGGUUAUCAACGGAAAAGGAAUUAGAGAAUCCCAGAGCGCUGAGACCCAGCGCAACGUGCUAGAAACUGGCCCAACUCUGAGCAGAGGGUCGUACCAGAUAAUUGCCAGUGUCCUGUCCACCUACAAUUUAAAAACUGAGGCACAGAGAGCUGCAGGUAGGACUAAGGCUCCCGAGUUGCAGCACAGCUCACUGUGGCUCGGGGCGUGGUGCUUCUGUCCGCUCUGGGUUUACCUGAGAGCCCAAACUGCCCUAGAGACCUCCUGGGAAAAUGGGCCAUCAGCUGUUCCUAGAAAGCCUGUAUCAGACUAUGAGACCAGUACUGCUUUACGACUUGCAAUGACCAGAGAGGAUGAUGAGAAUGGCAGUCAUGCUUCUGGCGAAGUCAUCAAAAGAGUUUGGGCUGCAUGUUUCAAGAAGCACUUAUGUUUUCUGGCGUUGCUAAUACGGAAACAAAGAAAUGACAACAAUUAUGUGGAGCUAAGAGAUUGUGGGAUGAAAAAAGGAUUUUUGUCAACAUUGUUUGAUAACCACGUUCAAAUAAGAACGUACGAGGGAGGCCACUACAUGGACCAGCAACUUGCUGUGACUGCACAGCUGGGAGAAAUAGUAAAAGCAGACACUCCCCGCUCAGGUGGAGGGGUUCCUACCUCUCCAGGGCAAGGGGGGGGAAUGAACAUGCGCGCCAGCCACCCCGCACGGGCUGCCCCUCCGGCCGCUCUCCUCUGGAAAACUGCCUUUACCCACUUCCCUCACGUACGCGAACGUAGGAAAAUGUCGGGAGACCGAAACCCCCACGUUUUGGGGGCAGCGCUGGGCGCCCUACGAGGAGGCCUCGAACCCCCGCCCGCCCCGCCUGAGGCGGCUCCCCGUCACGCAGAAGAGAGCAGAAAACAGAGAGCGCUGCAGCUGGAGCAAGAAGAAAGGCUGGCAGCUGAGCUGGCGAGGCUGAACCGCGAGAAACUUAAAGAUGAAAAGAUGAGGCAACAAGUAAGAGAGAACAGUCUUGAACUUCGAGAGUUAGAAAAAAAGCUAAAAUCCGCUUAUAUGAAUAAAGAGCGAGCUGCACAGAUUGCUGAAAAAGAAGCUAUACAGUAUGAGAAAAUGAAAUGUGAGGGUGAAAUAGCCCAAAAGAUGAAGGAAGAGUAUGAAAGGGUAAUAAAAGCAGAAAGUUCUGCAGAACUGAGGCGAAACAAGGAGAAAAUAAUGUACCAGCAAGAACUGGAGAAACAGCUUGAAGAACAAGAGAGGAGGAAGCAGGAUGCUUAUGAAGAAUUUCUAAAAGAGAAACUCAUGAUUGAUGAAAUUGUAAGAAAGAUCUAUGAGGAAGAUGAAAUGGAAAAACAACUGAAGUUAGAUAAAAUGAGAGCAACUCAGACAUAUAUUGAAGAAUUUAAAAAAGAACAAGCUAUCUGGAGGAGAAGGAAACAGGAAGAGAUGGAAGAAGAACAUAAGAAAAUUAUGGAGUUUGCCAACAUUCAGCGACAAAGGGAAGAAGAUCGGAUGGCUAAAGUUCGAGACGCUGAGGAGAAAAAACAAAGACUUCAAAGCAUGAUUGCCCAGAAUCUGGAAAGAGAACAACAGAAGCGUGAAGAACUGGAACAAAGCCGCCAAGAGCUGUAUCUGGAAGAACAAGCAGAGACAGAAAGAAAAAAGGAGAUGGCAGAAAUUGAAAAAAGAAUAAAGCAACGCCUAGACUUAAGGCAAACAUAUGAAGAGCAAUUUGCUUUAAAGAAGGUAGUGCAACAAGUUAUGCAAGAAGAGGAAGAAGCCUUCAGACAACAGAUGUUGGCCAAGUUUGCAGAGGAUGAUCGCAUUGAACAGAUGAAUGCUCAGAAACAAAGAAUGAAACAGCUUGAACACAGAAGGGCUGUGGAAAAACUUAUUGAAGACCGUCACAAACAGUUUAUUGCAGAUAAAGAGCGUGAACUUGAAGAAAGACAGUUAGAGGAGAGAAGGCAAGAAAACAUCUGUGCAAUUGUUGAAGAAGAGAGACAGAAACUCUUGAAAGAACAUGCGUCCAAAUUAUUGGGUUAUCUUCCUCGAGGAAUACUCAAAGACGAAGAUGACGUUAACAUGCUUGGAGAGGAAUUUAGAUUGGCUUAUCAGAAGAGAAGAGGUAAUGCAUUUUCAGAAAAGAGCUGAAAUUUCCCCCAUCUCAUCUCCUGGUUUGCCACUAGGUGUCAUCUGAUUUCUAAUGAAAAUUUCCAUUUGCUGUGAGCAGUGAGGAACUCCUUUUUCAUAUCAUAAAAAGUCUCCAUUUUAAGACUGGAGUUCUAAACUACUAAGCAGUUAGUUUUAUUUAAGUGUAUGUUGUACUUGCAUUUUUCCUCAAUAAACUG